AUGGCUGCCCGCUCCAUCUUCCUAACUCUCGCCAGAAAUUUGCGAGGGUACAAAAAAUUUCGAUUCAGAUCCAUUUCCUCGAGCAUCGAAGCUGUCAAACAAGAGACAAUCACGGCGGCGCGUGCCGAAAUCGUGGAUGAUUUUCCUGAAGAAGAAGAAGAGAAAGAUGAUUUGAAGAGCCGAAUUUUCAGGCUCAGGCUUCCCAAGAGAAGUGCGACCAAUGUUUUAGAGAAAUGGGUUGGCGAAGGCAAUGAAAUCACCAUUUCCGACCUCCGAAGCAUCUCCAGGGACCUCCGCCGAUCUCACCGGUACAAGCACGCACUCGAGAUAUCAGAGUGGAUGGUCAGUCGCAAUGAGUAUCAGUUAUCCGACUCUGACUUUGCUGUCCGUAUCAACUUAAUGACCCGAGUUUUCGGCAUUGAUGCAGCUGAACGUUACUUCGAAGGUCUACCUCCCUCUUCGAAAACCAGCGAGACAUACACAGCCCUCCUACACUCCUAUGCCAGCCUAAAACUAUCCGAAAAGGCUGAACUCCUCUAUGAAAGAAUCAAGGGUUCAGAUCUCUCGUUAAAUGCAAUCACUUUCAAUGAGCUAAUGACUCUAUACAUCUCGGUAGGCCAGCUUGAAAAGGUCCCCUCAGUUAUUGAGGACAUGAAAACCCUAAAUGUUGCCCGGGAUUUAUUUACGUACAAUUUAUGGGUGAGUUCUUGUGCUGCGGCUUUAAAAAUUGAUGAAGCGGAAAAAAUUCUCGACGAGAUUUGUGUUGACCCGGGCUGCGAUGAGACUUGGAUUAGAUAUUCGAAACUUGCUAGAAUUUACAUUAUUGCCGGUCAACUAGAAAAUUCAGUUUCCGGUUUGGGCUCUUUAGUGGAAAGCGAGAAAGGUGUUGUUACCCAGAGGGAACUCAUAUCAUAUGACUUUCUGGUGAUUCUUUAUGGGGGUUUGGGGAAUAAAGAUAGAGUUGACCAGAUUUGGCAGUCCUUGAGGACAACGAGACAAAAGAUGACAGGAAGAAAUUAUGUUUGUGUACUUUCUUCAUACUUGAUGCUUGGGCAUUUGAGAGAGGCCGGCGAGAUAGUUGAUCAGUGGAAACAAUCCACGAGUUCGGAAUUUAAUCUCGACAUGUGUAAUAAAGUCGUGAAGGGGUUUAAGGAAGUUGGGAUGGAGGAUAAGACCGAUGGCUUUCAUGUGUUGGCACACGAAAAAGGGUUAUGA